CGCGCUCGCCAGCAGCUCCUGCCGCUUGUCCGUGCCCAGCCGCCCCCUGACAGCCAGCUCCGCGGGGGCCUCCAGCGUCGGGCCGGCGGUUUGAAGUACAAUUAGGAGUUGUGUAUUACCACAAUGAGACUCGUGAUUCUUGAUAAUUAUGACUUGGCUAGUGAAUGGGCAGCCAAAUACAUCUGUAAUCGAAUUAUCCAGUUCAAACCAGGACAGGACAGAUAUUUUACCCUGGGCUUACCAACAGGAAGCACACCUUUGGGAUGCUACAAAAAACUAAUAGAAUAUCACAAGAAUGGAGACCUUUCCUUCAAAUACGUAAAGACCUUUAACAUGGAUGAAUAUGUAGGACUUCCCAGAAAUCAUCCUGAGAGCUACCAUUCAUAUAUGUGGAAUAACUUCUUUAAGCAUAUUGACAUAGAUCCUAAUAAUGCUCAUAUUCUUGAUGGAAAUGCUACAGACCUACAAGCAGAAUGUGAUGCAUUUGAAAAGAAAAUAGAAGAAGCUGGAGGAAUUGAUCUUUUUGUUGGAGGCAUUGGUCCAGAUGGUCACAUCGCUUUCAAUGAACCGGGAUCCAGUUUAGUAUCAAGGACAAGAUUAAAGACUCUAGCAAUGGAUACCAUUUUGGCAAAUGCCAAAUAUUUUGAUGGAGACUUAUCAAAAGUACCAACUAUGGCUCUGACAGUUGGUGUGGGGACGGUGAUGGAUGCUAGAGAAGUAAUGAUUCUCAUAACAGGCGCACAUAAAGCAUUUGCACUGUACAAGGCAAUAGAAGAAGGAGUCAAUCAUAUGUGGACUGUCUCAGCUUUCCAGCAGCAUCCUCGAACUAUUUUUGUAUGUGAUGAAGAUGCUACCUUAGAAUUAAGAGUUAAAACUGUGAAAUACUUUAAAGGUUUAAUGCACGUGCAUAAUAAACUUGUGGACCCACUCUACAGUAUGAAAGAAGAAAACUGAAAGAUAAAGGCGAAAUUCUCCUUGAACGAACAGAACAACAUUUUUUAUAGGUAGUGAACUAAAUUUCCUGCUAUGCAAUGUGCUCAAUAUUUAAUACAAAGAAUUUGGAGGAUUGUAAUUUAAAGGUCCAGUAUCUAUAUAUUGUUAAAACAUUCCAUGUGAUGAGAAUUUAAGUCCAUAUUUUUAGAUUGAGAGCUUUCAAAGCUGUUCAUCAGAAAUUAAAGUCUGCCUAAUAUAGAAUAUAACUUAAGAAAAGGAUUUUUAAAGUCAUUCAUUUAUCCUUCACUUGUUGAUUAUUGAUAUUUAUUUAUGAUUUUUUUUCAAUACUCUGCUGAUCUGGCAAUUGUUAAAAAGUAUGAACUAUAAUAGUUGCACAAUCCUUACUUUGGGGAAAGCUGUGUUUACAUUUUUUUAUGUAUUUCACACAAGCUUUUGCACGUGGUUGCCUUAAAAGCAUCUUACUACAGUAGCAUUUGGGCAUUUCAAGUCCUGUUACAUUAUGCUGGUAAAAGAAACUAAUUUGAUAUAAGAAGACAGUGCCUAUACAGUUUACUUCCUUUAGAAAGGCAUCUUUUUAUGAGCAUGUUUUUUAUGCAGCUUCUGCCACAGCAUUUUUAAAAAAUGUGCUUUUUCUUUUACUUCCUCAGGUUCAUGAUUUUAAUUAUGUAUGUACUUUGGCAAUUAGGAUCUUUAUACACAAGAAAUUUUUUUAGAUUGUUAAAUGCAUCAAUGAUUAGUUUAAUUCAUAACAAAUCAAUAUGACUAAAAUAAUUGAUAGGCAUGUAUGAACUUGCAUCAUUUACUACUAUGUAAGCCCAGAUAUUAGGGUUAUUUUCUAACUUUAAGCUUCUAAUGUAUAAUCCUUUACAACUUUUACUUUCAGAAGAUAACUGAAAAGAAAUAAAUAUGCUCUGGAUACAUUCCAAGGAUUAAAUGAUAAAAUUUUUUAUAGUUCUGGUGAAUUUGCAUUUAUUUUUCAGGUCUUUUACAUGAAUACAAUGAGGACUAUUUUGAGAUGCUUUGUUUCAGUCUAUUAGUUUAUGGUCAUGUUCUUCUUGGGGAAAAAAAGUGAAAACUAAAUUUUAAAUUGUUUACUCAACUUAUUAGAACCCCAUCUGGUAAGUAAAAUAAUAGCUUUAGCUAAUAGUUUAUAAUACUAGAAUUUUAAAAUAUAAGAGUAUAUAUGUUGAUACAUAGGGGAGGAUCCAACAAGAAGAGAAAACCAAGUGUUUUAAUUUAAGCCAUAAAGAGGCUUAACAAUCCGUCACAUAAUGAUGUAUUGGUCAAAAAGUAACUGAGACAGGCUUUGAAUUUUAAGAAUUAUAGGAC